AUGGACGACUUCAACGCCAGCACUUCUUCCACCUCCCGUAAUCCCGAAGACUCUCUUUCCCCUCUCGAGCAAGAAGUCCUAGACGAGUACGCGAAGUUGGUUGGGAAUCUGGAGGAUUUGGCCAACGUGCUUAAUGAACUCGCCGCUAAGCCUUCGACUGAAAUUCUGGAUUCGCUUAGAGGGCUUGAGAGGAAGACUGCGACUGUUUUUACGCUGCUGAAGGCUAGUGUUUAUUCGAUUGUGUUGCAGCAGGAGAUUAAUGAGGGAGGGGACCCGGGAAUGAGGGAUUAUGUGUGA